AUGCUAUUUAUUCUUUUAUCCAUUGUAGGAUCAGUUCCAACAUACACUGUUAAUGACAGAACAUUGAUCAUUGAUGGAGAUGGCAUCAUUGAGCAAAAUGAUGUUCAGAAAAACAUUCCUUCAGGUUGUGAAAAAGUUAUCAUUCAAGGCAAUGUUUCCGAAAUCGGAGACUAUGCCUUCAAUAGUUCAACAUCACUUGUUACUGUUGAUGUUACCGCUCCAAUUGUUAGAAUUGGAAACGGUUCUUUCUUCCACUGUAAUAAGUUAGUCAAUUUCACCAACCCACCAACAUGCGAAUUCGUUGGUGACAGUGCUUUCAGAUUUGGCUACUCAUUAGUCACUUUCUUAUCCACAAAAACAACAUAUUACUACGGUAAAUACUGUUUUGAUUCAGAUGAAGCACUCCAAAGAUUUGAUGUCUUUGAACAUCCGAAUGCAACAGAUCCAACAGGAGUCGUUCAGAUAGGUUAUAAGUGCUUCUUUAGCUGCAAACAUUUAGUCGAAUUAUUCUUACCGCCUCUCACCACAAUAAUUGACGACCACGCUUUCUACAACUGUGAGGCUAUUGUUAAUGCCUCAAUUCCACUUACAAUUAGAUCUAUUGGUAAGUUUUCCUUCUUCAAUUGCAAGGGAUUUACAGAUCUCGAGUUUCCAAACGUUGAAACUGUCAAAGCAGAUGCUUUUGCUUCAUGCGAGCGCUUAACAAACAUCACUUUCGGUGCAGGUUUGACAAUCUUAGAUGAAUAUGUCUUCUUAGACUGCGAAUCCCUCCAGUACGUCAAUGGAAUCUCCAAUGUUAAAGAGAUAAGAGAGGGCGCAUUCAAAGAUUGUGAUUUAUUGAGAGGUUUCACAAUUCCAGAUGGAGUAGAAGUUAUCUCGACAAAAGCAUUCUCAAAGUCAGCAAUUACCACAAUUAUAAUACCACCAUCAGUGAGGAUGAUUGGUCCGAACGCCUUCUCAUCUUGUUCCCAAUUAACAACCGUUAACUUUUCCAGUGGAUCAAAUGUUGAAUACAUUGCUGACUUUGCAUUCAAAGACUGUGUUAACCUUACAUCAUUUGAUUUCGGAUCUAAACUUACUAAGAUCGGAAAAUUAGCUUUUACAAACACAGCUUUGAAGUCAAUUACCAUUGCAGCAAGUGUUACAUCAAUUGAUUCCACAGCAUUCUCAGAUAUCAGCACUAUUUCUGAGAUCAAAGUUGACGCAAGCAAUCAAUAUUACGUCAAUGGUGCCUGUGGAGCUGUUUACAGCAAAGACAAGACUUCACUCUGCUGGUUCAUUCCAACAUACACAGGAGAAUUCAAGUACGAACAAGAGUUGACAACAAUCAUGCAGUACGCAUUCUCUGGUGCAACAAUUUCAGAAGUUUCCAUUCCAGAGUCAGUUACAACAAUUGAAAAAGAUGCAUUUGCAUCAUCUUUGAUCCAAACAAUCAAAGUUCCAGGCAAAUUCAAAUAA